CUGAUCCGACCAGAUGGGGUUUCUCCGGAUGUCUUCUCGCAUGUUUUUGGCAAGGUCCCACCAACAGUUUGUUUGCUGCUAUGGUGUCUGGCUGUUUUAACACAGGUUUCACCGUCUUUCGUGUACGUUCUCCGGUGUACUUUCACUUUCAGUUGGUUAAGGCGGAGUCCUUGCACCGUAGCGGAGUUAACUAUCUUGCUCGAUAUUAAGAUAUACGGACAAUGGUUCACGACGGAGAAACGGUUUCUGUUGGUAAUGGCAAACCCGACUAGCCAGAUAUCGGUGAUUGGGAACUUGGUCACAGCUAGAGCUGCAGCGGAGAUGGGGUGGAAAGAGAGUACUGUUUGUAUGUGGUCACUUGGUAUAGUUCACUAUUUGGUACUCUUUGUUACUCUCUAUCAACGCUUGUCAGGUCCGAAUUCCCUUCCAGUGAUUUUACGACCAACGUUCUUCUUGUUCUUUGCUGCUCCGAGCAUGGCUAGUUUUGCUUGGAACUCCAUUUCAGGAGCUUUCGACAACACAUCGAAGAUGUUUUUCUUCUCCUUGUUCCUCUUCAUUUCUCUGGGGUGCAGGCCAUUUCUUUUCCAGAAAUCUAUGAGGAAAUUCAAUGUUGCAUGGUGGGCAUACUCGUUCCCAUUAACCUUCAUUGCCUUGGCUGCUGUUCAAUACGCACAAGAGGUGAAAUCUCAUGUUGCAACUUUGCUAAUGCUUGUGUUAUCAGUAAUGUCUCUUCUGGCUUGGCUUAACGAUGCUCACUGCUGCCAACGCCGAUCAGCUAUUGCACAACACGAUGAUCCCAUGCUGUGUUUUUCAAUAACUUUGAAAUCAGCUGCUCGAGUCCCGAAAUAAAUCCAAUUCACUUGAACAUGAAUAUUUUUUUUGGCUUAACGAUGCUCACUGCUGCCAACGCCGACCAGCUAUUGCACAACACGAUGAUCCAUGCUGUGUUUUUCAAUAACUUUGAAAUCAGCUGCUCGAGUCCCGAAAUAAAUCCAAUUCACUUGUACAUGAAUACGGUAUUGAAUACAAGUAUGUGUCUGACAGGAAUAUAAAGAUUUCCCAUGUAUUUUAGAAGAUAUUUGAAGGAUCAUAUUCUGAAAACAAUAUUCGAAUGUAACUCGAGUAUCAAACAUUUUGUUCGGAUCAAAUAUCAA